AUGGGAUUACCCCGGGAUACUGUAAUGCAGGUGGCCGGGAGGGGAGAGUUUGAUGACAUGAUAGGACAAAAAAAAGCUGGGGACGGCCGGGAAUCGAACCCGCGCACCCUGAUCGUCCGUCAGGGUUUAGCAGGGAAAAUGGCUGAGGACCCGCUAUUUAGCUUGCUAUUAUCGACCAUUUCCAAAUUAUUGGAAAAAUUCGAGGAAGGACAACCGUUUGUUACAAAGACUGUGAAGGAACUGCUUUUCGAAGGCUACUACAUGCCAUUCUUUGAUAACCUGACUGCCGUUCUCGAUGCAUUUGGGUUGAAUUCUGAAGAGAUCUGGGAUGCACAUCUUCCUCCGGAUAUGAGAGACUUUCGCUUCGCAUUCUACAGAAUGAAUGAGACUGUGGACGGGCCAUAUCUAGUUGGAACGGGAGAAGAGGAUCCCUCAGAUUUCGGAAGGAUUCAUCUAUGGCAUGGACGACCCUACGUAUUUAAUGAACCUUGGGGUUCCCACGAAUGUAAUGCCAUCAAUGGCACUGAUGGUACUGUCUUCCCUCCGUCCAUCGACAAAGAGGACAUUAUCUACACUUUUGUGCUUCACUUGUCCAUUCACUUCAAGUAUGAGAAAGACGUGGAAGUCGGGGGUCACCUAGGAUAUCGGUUCGUUAUUCACCCCGAUGCUGUCGCGUCAACAGAUGUUCGUCCGGAGAACGAAUGCUUCUGUGUGAACGGCGAAUGCCUCGGAGCUGGACUCCUUGACGUCUCUGCAAGCGUCUAUGGAAAACCCGUGAUCAUGUCCUCUCCUCAUUUCUACGUACCGGAAGGCGCAGGAGAAACUGGAUUCAAUGCAUCCCUCAUCCAUGGAAUUUCACCCAACAAGGAUUCUCACGAGACUUUUAUCGUCGUUGAACCGAGUGCCGGCUUCAUAUUGGAAGCAAGGAGGAGGCUACAGACCAGCAUCAAAGUGCGAUCGAUUGAUGGUUACCGAACAUUCGAGAACUUCCCCGCAAUGGAACUCCCUGCAUUCUGGAUGGAGGAGGUGAGAGAAGUUUAA